AUGCUUGCACCACGCAUUUUACGACCGGUGUCCUCGCUGGUCCGGCCUUUGAGCUCCUCUGCUACUGCCUACCGCGCUCCCUCCAUUCGUGACAUUACACCCAGCUCAGCUGAGGAAUUUGCUGCGCGUCAGAAGGAGUUCCGCGAGAAUUUGGAGGUGGCUCGCAAAAAGAAAGUACAGCAAGAGAGUCAGUCUGUCGAUGCCUCUGCCUCAUCAUCCCCUGUGUCCCGUGAUCGCUUCCGUGAGUACGCUACCGCUCCCACUGCUCCGGGUGCGAGCAAUGCGAGCAGUAACUAUAGCCCUGCUGUCUUUGACGCUGCCCAAGUUCUUGAUAAUAAGGCAUUGGGCUCACUUUCUACCCACCGUAUUUUAGGAGAGGAACAACAGCUAGAAGCCAAUCAAUUGCCCAAGCGCGGUCCCUUGUCUUCGCUCAUCUACGGAACGAAGGAAGGCCAGCAACUCGACAAGGAUAUCGAACGCUCGUUCUCCCAAGUCCUCGCUCGCGGCAAAUACGUCCACUCGAUCGUCUUCCACGAGGUCAAGCCCGAUAGAGUAGACGAAUAUGUUGACCUGGUAGGGCAGUGGUACCCCCGCAUGGCCGGUACUGAGGAAAACAGGGUGAACCUGGUGGGAAGCUGGCGGACGCAAGUGGGCGAUAAUGACACUUUUGUCCAUAUCUGGGAAUACCAACGGUACGAGGGCUAUCAUGCAUCGCUACACAAUAUCUCCCGCCAUCCGGAGUUCCCUGAAUUUGACCGCAAGCUGAAGAGCUUGAUUAAGAGCAAGAAGACGUCACUGAUGCAGGAAUUCUCCUUCUGGCCAACGACCCCACCCCGACGACUGGGCGGUCUUUUCGAACUCCGGUCCUACACGCUUCACCCCGGUAACCUCUUGGAGUGGGAAUCGCACUGGCGAACGGGCCUCAGGGCUCGUCGUGAAGUCAUGGAGGGAGUCGGUGCCUGGUUUGUUCAGAUUGGCGACUUGAACACUGUGCACCACCUGUGGCAAUUUGCGAAUCUCGAAGAACGCAAGAUUCGCCGAGAGCAGUCAUGGGGUAUCGAAGGAUGGGCAGAGACUGUGCACAAGACUGUCCCUCUGAUCCAAAGCAUGCAGAGUCGGAUUUUGAUUCCUAUGCCAUGGAGCCCUGUUGGCUAA